AUGGCAUCUAGAAACAGCAUGACCCCACACCUGCGUGAGACCAAGUCCUCGGCGCAGCUAAUGGUCAAUGGGAAGCCCUUUCUCAUGCUCCCUGCUGAACUUCACAACUCUUCCCUGUCCUCGGCCGAAUACAUGUCGACGAUAUGGCCCAAGAUGCAAGCCAUGAACAUCAACACCCUGCUCGGGUCUGUGACCUGGGAGAUGGUCGAGCCUGUCGAGAACCAGUUCGACUUUUCCGAGCUCGAUAAGGUGAUACUGGGCGCGCGGCAACAUGGAUUGCACCUGGUCCUGCUAUGGUUCGGUAGUUACAAGAACGCCAAAAGUACGUACGUGCCGACCUGGGUCAAGCGCAAUCCCGGGAGAUUUCCGCGGGUGCAUAUUCUCGACGACCGUCGCCGUCGUAAGACCCUUGAGCUGCUCUCGCCAUUCAGUGAAGAAUCUCGAAAGGCUGACGCCAAAGCUUUCUCCAAAUUGAUGCAACACUUGAAGGAGAUUGACGAGGAGCACUCCACAGUGCUGAUGGUACAAGUCGAGAACGAACCAGGUCUCCUGGGCGACUCAAGAGACCGUUCUACCCUUGCAGAACGUUCUUUUAGGGAGCCCGUCUCUUCAGACCUACUGUCAUACCUUCAGAAGAAGGACCAACUUCACCCACAGUUCCAAAGGAGGUGGCCUAAAUUUCAGAGUGAGGCAGCUAAGGUGAACCAACCUACGUGGAAGACCUUGUUUGGGCAAGGAGAUGCUGCGGACGAGCUGUUCAUGGCAGACAUAUUUGCUCGCUACGUUGCCCAAGUUGCCUCCGCCGGGAAGAAAACGUACGACCUUCCCCUGUACACGAAUGCCUGGCUGAAUUUCGAAGAUCCCGCUCUGCUUGGAAACGAUCUUGGCUUUGGCGCUGGAGGACAUGGAGGCACAGGUAAUACACCUCUGGUCGCCGGGGGCGGAUCAAAGAUCGGAGAGUAUCCCAGCGGAGGUCCCUGUCCACAUACCCUGGAUAUCUGGCAGUGCCACACUCGAGGUGUUCUCGCGUUCAUAUCGCCAGAUCUGUACCUGCAAGAUUACGAAUGGAUGUGCCGGCAGUACAGGUACGACAACCAGCCACUGUUCAUCCCCGAGCAGAAGGCGGACGAAGAAGGUGCUCGGCGGACGUGGUUGGCCUACGGCACAUACAGCAGUCUAGGCUGUUCGCCGUUCGGCAUCGACAGCAUCGAUGUCAAGGACAGCCCCUUCACGGAGACAUUCGGUCUCCUUGGGUCUGUGAGUCAAUUCAUCCUGGAGGCACAGGCAGAGAGACCCGAUGACAUGUUCGGCUUCUUCUUUGACGAAAUCGACAGUGGGAAGCCCGGGCGAGAGAGUUGGGUCCGAGUCAUUGGAGAAUUCGAAGUCACCGUUCAGCGAUCCUUUGUCUUCGGUAAACCUGGUCCGGGCCAUGGGAUCGUGAUGCACCGAGGUGAAGGUACAUUUCUGCUGAUUGGGGCUGGCUUUCAGGUCUCUUUCAGGAGCACCAAACCGUCAGCGACGUUCACCGGCCUUUUGAUCUCAGAAGAAAAAGAGGUCGAUGCCAAUGGCAAUCUGCGAACGCUCCGCACCUUGAAUGGUGACGAGACCAAGAGCGGCGCAUUCAUGAUCAUGCCCAACAGGGAUCCGAAUUACGGUGGUUUCCCCAUCCGUGUGACGAUUCCGGCACGAACAUGCAUUGCUGAGUGCACGGCCUACAGUAUAGAGGAGAAAGAGGAACACUACUGA